GACUUUUCAAAACGUCGACAGCAGGAUUUGAACCUGCGCAGGCAAUGCCCAACAGAUUUCGAGUCUGUCUCCUUAACCACUCGGACAUAUCGACGCCUCAUUUAGUUUGUUGAUCGUCUUCUUCUUCUCUUAUAGAGGCAUCAACUCCCAGUUGAUAUGGCGUCUACUAUCUCUUCUGCUACUGCUUCACAAUCAACCAGAAGAUGGACUUAUGAUGUUUUCCUGAGCUUCAGAGGGGAAGAUACUCGAAGAACUUUCGUAGGCCACCUUCACUAUCACCUGCAACAGAAAGGAAUUUAUACUUUCAUAGAUGACGAGCGAUUGGAGAGAGGAAAAUGUAUCUCUCCGACUCUACUACAAGCUAUUCACGAUUCAAGGUUCGCGAUCAUCGUUUUCUCCAGAAACUACGCCUCAUCAACAUGGUGUCUGGACGAAGCCGCUACAAUCAUGGAAUGCAAAGAGAAGCUCGGCCAAACUUUGGUGCCAAUUUUCUACGACGUGGAGCCCUCGCAAGUCCGCAAACAGUCAGGAAGUUUUGCGGAGCCAUUUGCGAAUCACGAAGCAAAUUUCAGGGAUGAUAAGGCCAAGGUGGAAAGGUGGAGGAAAGCUUUGACAGAAGCGAGCAAUAUUGCAGGGCAUGAUUUGCAGAAUAUGUACCACGGGUAUGAAACAAACUGUAUCCAAGGAGUUAUUGACAACAUAUUUACUCAAUUGCAUCAAGCCUCGUCUGAUCUUCAAGAGAAUCUUGUAGGUUUGGAAUCUAGAGUUCACGAAAUAGGUACCUUGAUGAGUCUAGGGUCGAAUGAUGUUCGAUUCAUUGGCAUUUGUGGUAUGGGAGGUAUUGGUAAGACAACCCUUGCACGGGCUGUUUUUGCAAAAUAUUCUAGGCAAUUUGAUGGAGCUUGUUUUUUGGCAGAUAUUAGAGAAAAGCAAGGUAAACUUGGAAUGGAAGCAUUGCAGGCAACCCUUAUAAAGAAAAUCCUAAAGGGAAGAUCAGUGGAUAUAACUGAUGUGGAUGAAGGAAUGGAGAUGAUAAUGAUGAGGCUUGGGGGAUGGAGGAAAAGAUUUUUGAUUGUUCUUGAUGAUGUAAACCACCUCGAACAAUUAAAGAAAUUAGCUGGAGAUCGUUUUUGGUUUGGUAGGGGUAGUAGAGUCAUUAUAACUACAAGAGAUAUGGGACUAUUACGUUCCCAUAAAGUUGAUGAAAAGUAUGAAGUACAUAAACUGUUAGACCAGGAAGCCAUUCAACUAUUUAGUUGGCAUGCGUUUAACAAGGGAAUCCCCAAGAAAGGUUUUGAAGAACUCUCUGAAUCAGUUGUGAGUUAUGCUACUGGUCUUCCGUUAGCUCUUAAAGUUUUGGGCUCUUUCCUUUAUGGACUAGAGUCUGCUGCUUGGAGAAGCACCUUGGAGAAACUCAAGGAGAUCCCAAAUGAUGAUAUUUUUGCAAAGCUUAAGAUAAGUUUUGAUGGCCUAGAUUCCAGAGACAAAAAAGUUUUUCUAGAUAUUUCAUGCUUUUUCAGAAAAAAGAGGGAAGAUUAUGUAGUAAAUGUGCUUAAAAGUUGUGAUUUGCAACCAGUGAUUUCUCUACAUUUGCUCAUUGAAAGAUCUCUUAUAUUUGUCCUAAAUGGAAAAAUUGAGAUGCAUGAUUUAAUACAAGAUAUGGGUAGGCAUAUUGCAAGUCAGGAGAAUCCUAGGAGCAGGGUAUGGCAGUUUGAGGAUGUUGAAGCUUUGUUAGGCGGAAACAUGGAAGUGAACGCGCUUGAAGGUCUAUUAAUCCCAUCCGAAUGCCUACAGAGCUAUAAUGAGAACAUUAUAUUCAAAAUUGAGGCUCUCAAGAGGGUGAAACAAUUGAAGAUACUCAUAGUUGAAAACUAUAAAUUUGAUACUUUUAGAAGGGUGAAGAGAUUAAAGUUGCAUGAAAGUUUGGGCAGGAGCAGCACUGGCCAUUAUCUUCCUAGUUGUCUGCGGUGGCUUGAUUUCUCAUAUUAUCAUUUAUGUUCUUUACCAAACACCUUUCAACCAUUGAAGCUUGGUGCUGUUCUUUUGCUGCAUAGUUCUAUCCAACAUUGGAGGAUAACCAAGAGUUUAUACAAGUUGACGUAUUUGGAUCUCAGCUCUUCCCGCUUUUUGUUAGAAACCCCUAAUUUUGAAUGGCUGCCAAAUUUGGAGAGACUAAACCUUUCAGACUGUGUGAGUUUAAAAGAGGUCCAUCCAUCUCUUGGAGAUCUUAAGAAGCUUGUUUCGUUGGAUUUGGGCAGAUGUAGUAACCUUAAGAAACUUCCUAAUCUCGUCCAAAUGGAAUCACUUGAAUUUCUGGAUCUUGAUUCUUGUCAAAAUUUAGAAACAUUUCCUGAAAUCCACAACAAUAUGCCACGUCUACAGGUCCUCGAGCUCCAAUGUGUUGGGAUUAGAAAGCUACCCUCAUCAGUUGAACAUCUUAGUGGCCUCACCAAGAUACGCAUUGCUAGAUGUGAAAAUCUUGAAUGCCUUCCAACUGGCUUGUGUAGAUUGAAAAAUCUCAAAGUUCUUGAGCUUGAAAGUUGCCCGAAACUGGAGUCUCUGCCUGAGAACUUGGGUGAUUUGCGUCAGUUGGAGAAGCUUCAUGCGAAGGAUAAUGCUAUUCAGAAGCUCCCAUCCUCAAUCUCACUUUUGAGUGAACUUGAAUACUUAUACAUUGGACACUCAGAUAGAUCGGAUCAUAGGUUUACUACAUCUCAGAACUUUGUUUUGCCUAGUGUAUCUGGUUUAUGUUCAUUGAAAAGGCUAGAUCUCAGCUUCCUUGAUAUGCUUGAUGAAGGACUCCCUCGAGAUCUUGGAUGCUUAACCUCUUUGGAAUACUUAAAUCUAAGGGGAAACAGAUUCACCUGUUUACCUGAGAGCAUUGGCCUGCUCCCUCGCCUUCAGUACCUUGACACUAAAUACUGCAACAGGCUUGAAGAACUACCAGAGCUUCCAGCAACGAUAAAGGAACUCUCUUUGGAUACUCAUUUGGCCUACAAUAUCAACCUAGCAGAUCUACCAACCAAGUACACUGAGCUUUAUUCAGUUUCAGUCACUGGUUCUUCUUUCUUUUGCUACUUCCUCCGUGACCAGACCCCCCGGCUCCCAGAUAAGCGUAUUCCCUUUUCUUGGCGACCAUUGCCCAUAAAGGAUACUUUCACUGUUCUAUACCUUUCAACUAUGGAGUAUGGUUAUGAUUUCUCAUCCAAGUGGUUCAAUUAUGAGAGGAAAUAUUCAAGGAAUAUCUCUAUCAAGCUGAAUCCGACUUGGUAUACCAGCAACUUUAUGGGAUUUGCUAUUUAUUGCAUUCUUCCUUCAAAAAGUUGCAUAUGGGAUUCAAAUGAAGGUGAUCUGUUUGAGCAUUGUGCCAUCAUAGCCAAACUGGUACACAAAGAAGAUGAUAAACAAGCCUUGCAAACAAAAUGUGUUAUUGCUAAAUCGGUUGAGAAUGCUGGGGACAAUGAACGUGCCCGCAUGUGCUUUACAUACAUUCCAUCCUGUGGUUUGUGGCCUGAAUCUAAGACGACAGAAGGUUUUAGCCCAAAUGAUUAUUCCGCAUUUGAGGCAAGUCUAGAUCCUGUAAUUUCUACAAAUUGGCGAUUUGGCUUGUUGUAUAAAGAUGAUGAGAGUGAUGAUGAUGCAAUGGGAGAAGAAAUCAAGAAUGAAGAUUGUGAAGAAGAAAGUGAUGCUUAGGAUGGAAGAUGAUUGUGCAAGUGAAAAGGAUGAUAAAAGUUUUUCUUUUAUUG